AUGGACAAGAACGAGUGCCUCAAGCUCAUCUUGGCGUGCAAAUCCCUCCCAGCCGCCAAGGAGAUCGAUCGCAAGCUCCAGCCAGACCUAGUUCUUCCCCAAGAUCUCUUCCUCCACAACAAGCUCAUAGAGAUGUAUGGCAAAUGCGGUAGCGCCCACCACGCCCUAAACAUCUUCCACUCCAUGUCACACAAGAACUCCUUUACCUGGGAUAUGACCCUCUUUGCGUGCUCCAGGAAUGGGCAUCUCGACAAUGCCCAGAGGAUAUUCCAGGCAAUGCCGCGGCACAAUGUGGCCUCGUGUACCGCGAUGCUUGCAGCAUAUGCCCACAACGGGCAUAUUCUCGAGGCCAAGGAUGUCUUUGAUUCCAUCCAGCAACCCGAUCUCGCCGCGUGUAAUGCCAUGCUGGCGGCAUAUGCCCAGAACGGGCAUGCUGAGCUGGCAAGCGCCCACUUCCGCCACAUGGCCCAAUGGGACGUUGUCUCCUGGACAACCGUGCUGUCCGCAGUUGCGCAGGAGGGGCAUGUCAUAGUCGCCAGGGAAAUCUUCGAUGACAUGCCGUGCCGGAAUCUCGUGUCGUGGACGGCCAUGAUGAACGCGUACGGAAGCGCCGGGCAAUUGGAGCGCGCCAAGUCGAUGUUUGAUGACAUGGCGCUCCGGGACCUCGUGACGUGGACUGCCAUGGUGGCGGCAUAUGCCCGGGGUGGGCAUCCUGACGCGGCAAAGCAAAUCUUUUCACAAAUGCCAGAGUGGAACAUGGUAUCGUGGUCGGCCCUGCUAAACGCAUAUUCCCAUUCCGGCGCCACGGAAUAUGCCAAGACCCUGUUCGAGGAGAUGCCGCAGCACAACUUAGUGACGUGGACGGCGCUGCUGUGCGUAUACUCCCAGUCCUGGCAUCUGGACGAAGCGCGAGAAAUAUUCCAGAAAAUGCCCGAAAGAGACCAAGUUUCUUGGAAUGCGAUGCUGGCAGCAUUCUCGCAAAACGGAUCAAUUAGGGAAUCUCAGUCGUGCUUCGAUUCAAUGCCGCAGCACAACCCAAUCUCUUGGAGCUCGCUUCUCUCAGCAUAUGCCCAGUCCGGCCAUCCGGAAGAAUCGAAGAGAAUCUUCGAGUCUAUGCCGCAGCGAAGCCCCUCGUCCUGGAUCUCGAUGGUCGUCGCGUAUGCCCAGGCCGGGCAUAUCGACCAUGCACAACACAUGUUCGAUGCAAUGCCGCGGAGAGAUCUCGUUGCAUGGAACGCGAUGCUCGCAGCGCACGCGCUCAAUGGUCGCAUCGAAGCCGUCGAGCGAUUGUUUGAGCAAAUGCCCGAUCAUGAUCUUGUGUCAUGGAACGCGCUACUUUCCUCGUAUGCCCGGAACGGGCAUAUCGCCACGGCCAAGCGCAUCUUUGAUCGAAUGCCCGAGGAGCGCAACCUUGUCUCCUGGAACUCGAUGCUUGCCGCUUACACAUACAAUGACCACUCGAGCGAAGCGCUUGAUCUCUUUGCGGAAGGAAACGCGAGCUUGCUUGACUCUCCGGAUCGUCUCAGCUUCGUCUCGGUGCUCAUCGCUUGCAGCCACCUGGGACGAGUUUUCCUGGCGAAGAGCUACUUUGCGUCGAUGAGUGGCGACUUUGGCGUGCGGCCGGCGAGGCAGCACUACCGCUGCAUGGUCGACCUCCUCGGCCGUGCUGGUUUUCUACGUGACGCCGAGAGCCUCGUCGCCACCAUGCCGUUUGCUCCCGACUCUCUCGAGUGGAGGAGCUUGCUUGGAGCGUCGAGGAGCCACAGCGAUGUCGAUCAUGGAUCUCGAGCUGCGCAAGGAGUUCUCGAUCUGGAUCCGCGGGAUGGAGCUGGCUACGUCCUCCUGGCCAACACCUUCGUCCUGCGAGACAAGCAAAGAUAA